GGAGGUGCUAAAAUGGCGGACAUCUUCUUCAACUAGCCAUUCCAUUGCUGAUUGCUGGGAGAAGAAAACACACGGAUUGUCUUUCUUCUUAUUCCAUUCAGACAACAACUGCGUAAAAACAGAGUAACAGAUGGAAUCAGAUUAUGGACUUCCCAGAGACCUUUCUCAUCUCCAACAGAUUCGAUCUCUUUACAAACCACAGCUACCCCCUUGCCUUCAGGGAACUACUGUGCGAGUAGAAUUUGGUGAUGCAACUACUGCAGCAGAUUCCUCUAGUGCUUGUGCUAUCAGUCAAUCAUUUCCUCACACUUAUGGUCAGCCUUUGGCUCAUUUUCUUAGAGCUACAUCCAAUGUCCCUGAUGCACAGAUUAUUACUGACCAUCCUGCAAUCAAGGUUGGAUUGGUUUUCUGUGGUAGACAAUCUCCAGGAGGACAUAAUGUUGUAUGGGGACUAUAUGAAGCUCUCAAGAUUCACAAUUCUGAAAGUACUUUGCUUGGAUUUCUGGGUGGUUCUGAAGGUUUAUAUGCUCAAAGAAUACUCGAAAUCACAGAUGAUGUUCUUGCAACCUACAAAAAUCAAGGUGGUUUUGAUCUUUUGGGGCGAACGAAAGAUCAAAUAAGAACAACAGAACAAGUGAAUGCUGCAAUGGAUGCAUGUAAGGCUUUGAAGUUGGAUGGCCUUGUUAUUGUUGGAGGGGUAACAUCAAACACAGAUGCUGCCCAUCUUGCUGAGGCUUUUUCUCAAGCAAAAUGCUCUACAAAGGUGGUAGGAGUACCUGUUACAUUGAAUGGAGAUCUCAAGAACCAGUUUGUCGAAGCUAAUGUUGGUUUCGAUACAGUUUGCAAGGUUGACUCUCAGCUCAUCAGCAACCUCUGCACAGAUGCUCUUUCUGCUGAGAAGUACUAUUAUUUUGUUCGGCUCAUGGGUCAGAAGACCUCUCACGUUGCCUUGGAAUGCACUCUGCAGUCACAUCCUAACAUGGUUAUUCUUGGUGAAGAAGUUGUUGCUUCAAAACUUACCAUCUUUGAUAUAACAAAACAGAUAUGUGAUGCUGUUGAAGCCAGGGCAAAACAAGAAAAAUACCAUGGUGUCAUCCUACUUCCAGAAGGGCUUAUAGAAAGCAUUCCUGAAGUUUAUGCACUCUUGCAGGAAAUCCAUCGAUUUCUCCGACAAGGUGUUUCUGUUGAUAAAAUAUCAACACAAUUGUCACCUUGGGCAUCCGCAUUAUUUGCAUUUUUGCCAUCAUUUAUUAGAGAAGAGCUUCUCCUUUAUCCUGAAUCAGAUGACUCAGCACAAUUGUCUCAGAUUGAAACCGAGAAGCUUCUUGCUGUUCUUGUAGAAGCGGAGAUGAACAAACGACUGAAAGAAGGGACAUACAAAGGGAAGAAAUUUACUGCUAUCUGCCAUUUUUUGGGUUAUCAAGCUCGGGGUUCUCUGCCUUCGAAAUUCGAUUGUGACUAUGCCUAUGUUCUUGGACAUAUUUGUUACCAUAGUUUGGCCGCUGGUCUAAAUGGUUAUAUGGCCACCGUAACUAACUUGAAGGAUUCUUUAAGCAAAUGGCGGUGUGGUGCUGCUCCAAUAACGGCUAUGAUGGCCGUAAAGGAUCAUGGUCGUGCUUCUGGAGCCAUGAUGAUUGGAAAACCCGCUGUCCAUCCUGCUACAGUCGACGUUAGAGGCAAAGUGUAUGAGCUGCUUAGAAAAAAUGCAAACAAAUUCUUGAUGGAUGAUGUUUACAGAAACCCGGGACCUCUUCAGUUUGAUGGUCCGGGAGCUGAUUCUAGGACGGUGAGCUUGUAUAUCGAGGAUCUGGAUUACAUGGGCCGUAUCAAAGAACUGAACGUAUAUCUCGACAAGGUACGAAGCAUUGUGAAACCAGGUUGUUCUCAGGACAUUUUGAGAGCGGCUUUGAGCGCUAUGUCGUCCGUGACCGACAUUCUCUCUGUCAUGUCGUCUUCAUCAAAUGGCAGCAUUUAAAGUAGUUCGAAUUUACCGGAAUGUUACUGUAACCUUAAGUUCAUUUCUCAAUUUGUAUAAUGAGCUCUUUUAGCAUCCCAAUCUUUGAUCAUUUGGGGAAGUUGAAUAAUGAGAAAUAACCGCGUUUUAGGUAGCGAAAUGCUGCCAUUUUGUAAAUUCUUUGCGGGUUGUUUAAAGGUAUCGAUUAUAUUGAAUCAACAUUAAUGCUUGUGACCUUGCAAAC